GCAUGAAUAUCGUACUGGCUCAUAGGCCUUCCUCGUUUGAUGUGAAGCAAGACGCAAUUUCUCGUUAGCACUCUUCAUCUUUUGAAGCGGCGCUGUUGUUUAAAAUACGUGUUCCGCUAAGCGUCGAUCGUUGUCAAACGGUUCCGUGUAUUUUCAAAAAGGUCAGCUGUCCAAAGCAAAGUUCGCCGGCUGUCGGUUGGUAGUGGAGGCAAAUCCAAAAAUCGGCAGAACCCUGAAUUAACUCCAAUAGUCAUAAUAGAAAACUGAAGAGCGUCGUCGGGACGCUCUUGAAGAACUCAAGGGAAAUUGUCAAAAUGUGUGAUGAUUGGCGCCCCCCAACGGAGGCGGAGUUGAAAGUGAUUGAGGCUCGUCGCGAACGCAAUGACAAAAUUAGCUCGAUAAUAGGAGGUUAUCUUCUUCGCGGCUACAAAAUGCUUGGUGAAACUUGUGAACUUUGCGAUACAAUUAUUCUGGAAACUCGGCAGGGUGUAAAAUACUGUGUGGCAUGCCAUGAAGUGGAUGCCCAGGAGACCUCCAAGGAUGAUCCCGUCAUGAAUGAGCAGGCAGCUCGUCGGCUAUGUCAGGAGCAUAGUGCAUUAACGAUAGAAGCGCUACCUAGUUCCCCGGCGCAAAUAGAAAACAACCCUAUGCGGCAGGAAGCUUCGGUGCAGUCAGUCGAAGGAAGUCCAGCUAAUGAUGAGUUCGCGUGUGUGAGCCCAGAGCGGCAUCGCAGGCUCGAUAUGACAUGUUCAACACAAAGCCGAACCGGCGACGCAGAAUCUCAGGGUUCUUCCGUCUCAACCGCCCCAUUAGCUUCAAAAUUUCCAAAGACAACUGAAACAGCUUCCACAAACGGGUUCAUGGCCUCGCCAUCAUGUACAAGUCACGUUAGAAAUCACCACCACAACGACCGCCCAAGAUUGUCCGGAGCAGCCGAUAUUCUAACCGCAAAAAUUCAAUGGGCGACAAAAGAGCUAGAAUUGGAAACCCGAGAUCUGACGCGGUGCAGUUUGCUCGCUCAGCUAAUCAGAGACUGCUCUGAGGCACUAGCGACCGUAAAUAAAAACCAGUCUCCAAGAUGCUUAGAAUGUUAAGAUUUCAGUUGGACAUAAAAUAAUGGCUAUAACUGUAACAAAAUCAAAUACCUUUGGGCCAUGUGUCAUCGACAAACACAGCAUUUUUUUUUUAUAUGUGUGCUUAUUAAAAGAAGAUCUUCACGUCCAUCGGAUUUUCCACCUGUUAGACUAAAGUUAUUUCUAAUAGUUUUAUUACAUCACCCAGAACAAUAUUUGCCAAACAAACUAAAUACUAGGUUUGCCAAAAAAAAAAAGAAGACCUAUGGAUAAUUAAUAAAGGUUGUAUGAUGUUCUUGUACAGCUCAAUGUUGUUACACAAUGUCAAUUUGAUAUAUUUUGAUCAGCUGCCAAUUAAACAGAGACGAAUAUUUCCUUUUCAAAUACAAAGGAAUUCCAUUGGGUAAUUUCGAUUCUUCUUUAAUAAUAAUAAGCUUUUCAGACAAAGUCGUUACGAAACUAAUAAGACCAGCCUUAUAAUUUAAGAUUUAAUAAAGCGGGUCAAGAAUGGGGUAAGAAGUAUUUUGCCCUUAGGUACGAAGAAGGUAAAGAAAUGCACAUUUCACUAGCGGCAUUUCGGUUGCGUCAGAAGUUAUUCUUAAACAACGAGGCUAACAAUUAGACAAUACGAUAACUCCAAAAUUUUCGCCACAUCCUGGCCAAAAGACCGAGCGUUUAUGCCUUUGAAUUACUAAUAUCAGUAAGUGGCUGGAAUGGCCAAGCAUCGAAGUUAACCUGUUCUUUACUCUGAUCCAAACUGACCACAGACAUUUCCAACCAUACCUUCAGCAAACUGCAACGGCUCAUACAAGCAACACCUUUUGCAUGCUGCAUAGAAUAUCUCUUUAGGCCCUGCAAGCAACAUGGCACAACGAAAGAUAGUAGAAGAACAGCAACCAGAACGAAAGUCAGGAUUGAGAAAUCUCUCCGUCAAGCACAGAGAAGGCCUCAUGAGUGAAAUUUAUCAUCUCCACAUACGUCGCCACACAGCUGGAGACUUGAAUAAGCCAUGAUUACCGGGUUAACGAAAAGGUGUAAUAAUUUUGCAUAGACAGGGAAGGUCUAGAUUAAAUAGUCAAAUCUUUGUGGUUUGAUUUUAUUAUAAAACGACAAUUGAGCUCAUCCUUAGGCGAAGGAAGUAAACAGUUUUCCCAAGAGACUUUCCACGAAUGAUUUUUUCAUUGUAUAAUAUUGUUCAGAUUUUCUUUCCUCAGAAACUCGCCAACAUAACAUAUAGUAAGCAACUGAAUUAGAAACUGGAUUUGUGAUCUAGGGGACCACAAUAGUAUAAUGCAAAAGCGCUGAUCGAUGAUAGUAAUAUUUAACAAGAACAAUAGGUUUUCUCAUGGCAAUAAUAUACUUCAAAUCGAAUCCGGGAACAAGCUAAGUCUUUAUUGGUAGAUAUUUAUGCCCGCAUGGACUAAAGUCGUGCUCUCGAGUAUUAUAACUGAAAAUGGCGUACUCAAGGCACACUUUGUAUUAUGGAGUCACUACCCUGAAUAGCUCGCAAAGAAUGUCCUUUACUCGUAUCACAGUUAAUGAUAUAAAAGCUCGGAUUUGUCUUAAACAUCUUAGGAAUGCACACGAAAACGUUUCCAUCUAGCCUAAAUAUUUUUCUUCGCGAGCGUUUAAUCAGGUUCAUUUCCCCCCGUAAAAUUGCAGGAUCGAAUAUCCGCCGUAGGUAGGAUUCGCAAAUCUACUUUAGAGGGAACCAAUGCUAGUAUUUCCAAGUAGAUUCAAAGAUCUUCAAUUUUUCCCCACCUUCAAAAAUGAAUCAUUUGUAGAUCUCUAUCUACGCUAAAAGUUUAGCGAAAGCGAUAAAUUCAAGAUUCCGAUAGAUUUUAAGACAAAUUAAACGUUUUACAUGAAUUUAUUUUUAGGGUAAUUAGUGUUGCUCUUG